GACGUCUGAUGAAAACUCUGGUUCCAAGAUGGACGCUGGUGUACAAACAGAGAGUGAAGUUAAUAUUGCCGCCAUGAACGGUUAUGGUGUGGUUCCCCCGGUUGACCCCAAGGAUGUUUACCUGGGUCCUGAGGGUCAGCCCCUCUUCCACCUAGUGGAUGAUCAUGUUCAAGAGAUAGAAAGCAAAUCAGUUAAAAAUAUUCAGAAACUUGUUAAGUAUUUGUUAGAGGUGGUUGAACAGGUUCCUAAAUAUAGAAGUAAACGAGAACUGAUCGCUGUCCGGUCAUUCUAUACCUGGAUCACUAGGAAUAUCAGAUAUGAUCCUGGCUAUAUGGAAGACGACCUUGAAACAGCUGAUAUUCUCAUGAAGAAAGCUGGCGUUUGCCGCCAUUAUGUCAAACUAUUCACAGAAAUGUGUACACUAGCAGAUAUUAAGAACCAGAGUAUUCAAGGAUUUGCCAGGAAAACAGAUUUUAAACCAGGAGAUGAGUUUGAUGAGAAUAGUGAGGUCCAUGCUUGGUGUGGAGUUUAUAUUGAUGGCUCCUGGAGAUUGGUUGAUCCUACCUUUGGAGCUGGAAGUUAUGAUCACACCACUGGAGAAUUCACUCAAUCCCAAGAUGAGUUCUAUUUCCUAACGGACCCUAAUCAGCUGAUCUAUUCUCACCUACCCUACCAUCCGCUGGACUCAGACUAUCAUAUCUGGCAGCUGCUGGCUCAACCAAUAUCUUUGCAACAAUUCAACGCACUUCCUUUCCUUACAUCAGAAUUCUUCCAGAUGAAGCUAAAACUAUUGACAGAUGUCAGCUGUCCGUGGAUAAUCUACAACAAUGACAAAAUUGAAAUAUUAAGCUCAAUAGUAGUUCACUACAGGGAAUCUUAUCAAUGCGAGAACGAGAACAGAUCAAAAGCAACUUUUCUAAUCCAGCCUCCCAUCAUAGAUUCAUAUAUAUUUAGAUUAUUUGCCAAACCUGAAUCUCAGAUAGUUGAUGAAUUUACCAGAUUGGAACUCAUCUGCUCUUUUCUAAUCCAAGCUGAUAAGGUUCUCCCUAGUAUUCAGCCUUGGCCUAGGAAUGAUACUGCUUGGGGUUUCAACUCAGAAUAUUUUAAGUUGGGCUGUACUCUGGUUGUUGAGGACCCUGGGAAAUGGGACGGAUCAAGUAUAAUAAUGACUCUAGGUUCUAAAGUCUCUUUCAAAUUCUUGCAUCGAAUCCCUUUGAUGGCUUCUGCCCAUUUAUAUGAUAACAAGGGAAAUGAGAUUAUUGAAGAUACAAAGAUUGGAACACUUUAUAUUAUAUCCAGAAAAAAUCCUUUACCUGGUUCUGUAAUACAAGAAGAAGCGGCACUGUCAAGGGGAGUUCACACUUUGGUGAAAAAAAAAGAAACAUUAUUUACAAUAAUAAGCCCAAAUAAUGCUGGAUUCUACAAAAUGGAAAUCUAUGCUGCAAAGUCUCCAAAGAUAAAGGGGAUAAAGAUGAUUAUACCCAUAGUUGCUUCAUUUUUGGUUGAGGUGAGACUAGGACAAGCUGGUGAUGCAAUACUUCAAAGUAAAAGCUUAGAUGCACUUCACACUUUUCCUUUGAAGCUUCCACCAAUAAAUAACAUCAGGUCUAAAAUGAAUAAUAAGCCAAGUCAAGAUGAUGUUUCUCUACCAGAGUUAAAUAAAAUGGCUGCACUGCAACCAGAUGAGAAUUUUAGGGAAAAAGAAGAGAGUAGAAGAUCCAGUAUUUGGAAUCCUUUGUCUUUAUUCUCUGCUGUAUCAUCUCGAAAACCUUCAGUAGCACCAGAACAUUUGGUUAAUCAUGGCAGAUUUUAGAAACCCUUCAGAAAAAUAGUUUUAACAGGUUUCACAUUAAUCCGAAAUGCUACUUCUAGUUUUCCUAUGUUACCAAAACGAGAAAAUUUUAGUUCUAUGGAUUAAACUAUUAAGUCAAAAUUUAAAAAUUUAAAAAUUGGUUUAAAUUUUCGGCAAAGCAUUUUGGCAACUAUUGUUUGUCUGAGUAAAAAAUAUUUCCACAGUGUAAAAAAUAAAUCACUAAAAUAUGUUAAACAACUAAGGAUUGUGGAGUAUCUGAAAGUAAAACAUUUAUAAUGUUUAUAGUUUUUUUUUAAAAUUCCCAUUCCCCAUUUUUGCAAACAAGAACAAAUUAUUAAAAUUGACAAAAUCUGGAAAAAUCUC